UGUAAGAACUAUUGCUGUUAAGAUGCUUAUUAAUAUUUUGUUUACUGCUGCUGUUUUGAAUAUUGUGCGCGGUAUUAAUCUACCUUCAGAUCCAGUUGACGUGGGUGACGGUGAGCACUUUAAGUCUUGCGCAAUCUGGAUAAAGUGCAUAUCAAAGGAUCAAGACAUGAAUGAUAAAUUGGAUUCAUGCACCAUGAUGGUACCGGAAGAGUAUGGUGUGAACGCAGUAAAGCAUUUCGCAGAUUUUUCCUCAAUGGACUGGUCCUGGGAAAACAGGGAAGCAUUUUAUCAAGAUUUCUGUGCCAUGGAUGAUGAAAAACAGGAUGAAAUAUUUACAGAAAUGGUUCAGUAUGCAAUAGAAGUUGGGAUAUCGACGUGUGCUGAUCCCACAAAAUCUGAAGCAUGUCAUGGAAUACAAAACGCAAGCAGCUGCGCAACAGAUAUAUUUAACAGAAUUCAUUUUGAAGGAAAAUGCUGAAGUCUCAAAUGCUAAACAUCGACAUAAAAUGCUCUUCGAUAAUGCAAAUAUAGAACUUCUACCACUUAAACAUUUGCUGACUAAUUAUUUUCGAAAAAAUAAAAUGUAACCUUAACAAGUUUAAGAAA